GUAAUUUUAUUUAUAUUUUUAUUGAUUUCGCUGGAUUAGCUUCAAACUCUCACCAUCUUGAAUGAGAAGACCAAUCUAAUAUCACCUAGACCAGUCACUCUUGGCAGGCUCGAUGGAUCUGGAAAUAAGCGUAGUCACACAAGAUGAAGAAAGCUGCUGGGAGCAGAGAUGCAAGCGACUACAAACAUUAAUGAAUGCAGAAGGACUGCAAAUGUUGCAUGAAGAGGACUGCAAGAUGACUGAUUACUUUAUAAUAUAUGCUGCACUUCACGAAUCUGUAAGGGAACGCAAUGCUGACAACUUCAUUGAUGCUUUGGAAAGAAUUUCAGCAGAGAAAAAAGUAUCUCUGUCUACCAUCUUCGAUCAACUUGGUCCCUCAGGAAAUACCUUGCUUCACAUGGCUACAAGUUCAGGGAAUGAGGAGAUUUCCCAACUCAUUGCGUAUCACUUUCCCUCGCUUAUUUCUAAGAAGAACGGCGCUGGCGAUACUGCUCUGCACAUUGCUGCUAGAAGUGGAAUGCUUAAUACUAUUCAAAUUCUUGUUUGCUGUGGAAAAGAUUUCCCUGGCACAGGUAUUGCUUCAGAUCUGUCUUCUUUCACUUCUGAAAAUGAAUUUUCCGAAAGCACCGGUGAUGAUGGACCAUUAAGGACAAAAAAUGUGCACGGAAACACUGCUUUGCAUGAGGCUGUGUUGAAUCGCCACCAUGAUGUGGCUCAAUUCUUGAUUUCUGCAGAUCCACAAGUGUGGAAUUAUCAGAAUAAGGAUGGCUGGUCUCCGCUUUAUAUGGCUGUCAAAAUUGGCGACCUGCUGAUCUUUCGAUUACUUUUGCAAUCUCCAACAAGGAAUACUGAUUCACUUAACAACCUACAAGGAAGCCCGCCGGCACAUGCUACCAGAAUUGAAGGCAAAAUAGAUAUGUUGGAAGAGAUGGCGAAGGUAAAUCCUGAACUACUGCAAUUAAAAGAUGGAAAAGGACGAAAUGUGCUUCAUUGGGCAGCACACAGAGGUAAUCUGAAUGCAGUUGGGUACCUUUCCAGAAAAUUUAGAUGGAGCAUGUUUGAAAUGGAUGAUAAGGGCUUCUUGGUGUUACACUUCUUUCCCAUUCACAUUGCAAGCAAAAAAGGGCAUGUUAAUGUAAUCUCGGAGUUGCUUAAGCAUUGGCGCUAUCCAACAGAGUUACUUAGCAGAGAAGGUCAAACUAUUCUUCAUGUUGCUGCAAAGAGUGGAAAAAAUAAUGUGGUAAAAUUCAUAUUAGAAACUCCUGCAUUUGAGAAGCUUUUGAAUGCUAGAGACAUAAAUGGAAAUACUCCAUUACAUUUGGCUGCAAUGCACUCUCUGUCGCAUGGUGUUUUGCGGUCGCCUGGUCGAACACUCAACGAAGUGGGAAAAAUGGAUUUUAAGGGAAAGAAAGAAGAUGACCCAGCAGCUACUGAGUAUUGGUUGGAGAGGACAGAGAGGAUUCUCCAACAGUUGCACUGUACUCCUAAGCAGAGUUUAGAGUGUGCAGUUGCAUUACUUCAAGAAGAUGCAUAUCAGUGGUGGGACACAGUAUCACACGUGGUCCAGCUUGCUGAGUUGAACUGA